CUCAACGCUGCGCGCUGACCGGCCGAAGAAGACCAACUCAAACGUGUAUCAGCUGAGCUGGCUGAUGCUAAAACUGUUCUUGCGUCUUGUCAUUUUUCGACACAAUUUACUGAGAUGGAGAAUGACAUCCUGGUCUCUCUAGAAGAUUUAGGAUAUCAAGGCCCUCUGUUGGAGGACGGAGCUCUGGAUUCCUCCGUCAGUGGAGGAGCAGCAUCACCGGAGUUCACAAAGCUCUGCGCCUGGAUCGUCUCUGAGCUCAGACUUUACCAUAAACUGGAAGAAAAUGUCCACGCCACUAACUGUCCAAGUGAGGCCGAGAGCUUUCAGCUGGAGAUGAGUGGUCUACUUUCUGAGCUGGCGUGUCCUUACGCUGUCCUCACCACCCAAGACAUCACCCAGAGGUUCCUGAGCAGGAAGGACUGUCUGCUGCUCCUCACCUUUUUAGUGUCGGAGUUGGAGGCGUCCAGGAUGAUCCUGGUCCACAAACCUCAGAAGAAAGCCCAGGAGUCUGGCAGCCCCGCCUUCCAGGAACUGAAGGGGAUCUGCAUGACCCUGGGCAUGUCCAAACCUCCACCCAACAUCACCAUGUUCCAGUUCUUCAGUGGGAUCGAGAAGAAGUUGAAAGAAGCCACAAGUCGAGUUCCACCAAAUUACAUCGGAGAGCCCCUGAUGAAGAAGCCCCUCGGACCUGUGCACUUGGAAAAAAUCGAGGCCAUAAACCAAGCACUUGUAAAUGAGUAUGAGGUGAGGAGGAAGAUGCUGUUGAAACGACUUGACGUGACUGUUCAGUCGUUCGGUUGGUCCGACAGAGCAAAGACGCAUGCUGAGAAGUUGGGUAAAGUGUACCAACCGCUGCGUUCUGCUCUCAGCGCCAAAAGUCAGGUUUCUGUCGCUCAUCUUCUCGCUGCCCGACAAGAUUUCUCCAAGAUCCUUCGAACGAGCAGCGGAAAAAUAAGAGAGAAGACCGCGUGUGCCAUUAAUAAGGUACUGAUGGGCCGAGUGCCCGACAGGGGGGGCAGACCCUGCGAGAUCGAGCCUCCCCCUCCAGAGAUGCCCUCCUGGCAGAAGCGUCAAGACGCCCCCCAAGGAGGAGGACACUAUGGCGGAGGAUACGGCGGCGGCGGCAGAGGGGGCUACGAUAACUACUCUCAAGGAGGCCGUGGAGGCUAUGAGAGAGGAGGUGGAGGACAGGAGGACAGGGGAGGCAGAGGAGGUGGUGGAAGAGGGGGGAAGGGACAGGGAAACUGGGGGGAUGGGAGUGGAGGUGGGAGGGGCGGUUACAACCAGGGCCACUAUCAGGACGGAGGAGGUCACCACGGGGGAGGAGGGAGAGGAGGAUACAACCGAGGAGGCUUCCAGGAUUCUGGCUAUCAUGGAAGUGGUGGAGGAGGAGGAGGAGGGAGUUACCACAACAGUUACAACCAAGACAGCGCGGGCUGGCACCAGGAGAGAGGAGGGGGCCGAGGAGGCCGCGGGGGCAGGGGGAGAGGAGGCAGAGGAGGACAAGGAGGUGGCUGGGGAGGCAGAGGGGGGCAGAAUUUUAAUCAAGGGGGACAGUUCGAACAGUUCUUCCAACAUGGAGGGCAACAGUUCAGCCAGUCUGGCUUCAGUCAGGGCAGAAACUUCAGCAGCUGAAGGCAGCGUGAGGCAGCGCACCAGAGAACAGACGGGCUGAACUGUCAGAACGAGCCCUUCUGCUGAGCUUAGUAAGCUGAAACAUUCAAGGACAAGCUCAGAUAUGCAGGUUCUCAUCCAUAUUUUUCACACUUUGGCAGCAGACUGUGGAAGGAUUGCAGUUUUUUUUUUUUGUUUUUUAUCCUGGUGAAAGUGUGUCUCUUUAUUUUAUUUCUUUUGCCUCUGACUUUUCAAGCCCCACAGUUUUAUUGUAAAGGGGUAAUUGAUCAGUUGAACUUUGUCGGCCUUAUUUUAAAAGUUCUCCCUGAAAUCAUUCAUUUUUCACCAUGUUUUAGUGUUGGUGCACCUACUUCGUACAGGUGACUUCAUUACAUGUAGGUUGCACUGACUCAGACUACUUGAAAACAACAUCAUUCUCCAGUUUUAAUUUUGUUUCUGUAUGUUUGAGGAAGAUAUUCUGUUGCUUAUUUAAAAGUUGCCAAGUUGUGCGGCUCAUGAACGGCUGUGGAUGUUGGGAAGGUUUGCAUGGAUGAGUGAACGAGCAAUAAAAGUUACAAAUGUGCUAAAACUCGCCUGUUCAGUGCUGUGAUCAUUCUUUCUACUGUUAUAAAACAUAAUUAAAUAAACAUAUUAUAAAAUGUG